CACACACACACACACACACACACACUCACACACAGGAGAACAGCUCCCAAUAGCCAGGGAAGAGGGGGGAAGACAAUCAGAAGCAGAAAGGACGAGACCCCAGCAAAGGAGGAAGAGGAUGCCCUGGCCAGGGCCAUGGGCUGCUCUGCUGUUCUGGGCAGUACUAUGCAUCAGCUUCCAAGGAAACAUGGCUAAUCGCUGCAAGAAGGCCCUGGUGAAGAGCUGUACCGAGUGCAUUCGGAUAGACAAGGACUGCGCCUACUGCACUGAUGAGACAUUCAAGGACCGUCGCUGUAACACUAGAGAGGAGCUGCUGGCCAUGGGCUGUGAGGCCAGAAGUGUGGUAUUCAGGGAGAGCAGCUUCCAGAUCACAGAGUACGCUGAGAUCGACACCACCCUGAAGAAGAGCCAGGUGUCCCCCCAGGCCAUGAAGCUGCUGCUGAGGCCCGGCGAGGAGCAAACUUUUGAGAUUCAAGUGUUUGAGCCCCUCGAAAGCCCGGUGGACCUGUACAUCCUCAUGGACUUCUCCUAUUCUAUGUCCGAUGAUCUGGCUAACCUCAAGCAGAUGGGCCAGAACUUGGCCCGGGUCUUGAGCCAGCUCACAAGUGACUAUGCUAUUGGCUUCGGCAAGUUUGUGGAUAAAGUCAGCGUCCCACAGACUGACAUGAGACCGGACAAGCUGAAGGAACCCUGGCCCAACAGUGACCCGCCCUUCUCCUUCAAGAAUGUGAUCAGUCUGACAAAAGAUUUGGAAGAGUUCCGCAACAAGUUACAACGGGAACGAAUCUCAGGCAACCUGGAUGCUCCCGAGGGGGGCUUCGAUGCUAUUUUACAGACGGCUGUGUGCACGAAGGACAUUGGCUGGCGGAAAGACAGCACCCACCUGCUGGUGUUCUCCACAGAGUCGGCCUUCCAUUAUGAGGCAGAUGGUGCCAACGUGCUGGCAGGCAUCAUGAAGCGGAACAGUGAAAACUGCCACCUGGAUCCCACAGGCACCUACACACAGUACAAUCAGCAGGACUACCCAUCAGUUCCCACCUUGGUGCGCUUGCUUGGCCAGCACAAUAUCAUACCCAUCUUUGCUGUCACCAACCACUCCUUCAGCUACUAUGAGAAGCUACAUACCUAUUUUCCAGUCUCCUCUCUGGGCUUGCUGCAUGAGGACUCAUCUAACAUAGUGGAUCUACUUGAAGAGGCCUUUUACCGCAUCAGAUCCAACUUGGAUAUCAGGGCUCUGAAUGCCCCCCGGGGCCUGCGGACAGAAGUCACCUCCAAAAGAUACAUGAAGACAAAGGCCGGGUCUUUCCAAAUCAAGCGUGGAGAAGUGGGAACUUACCAGGUACAGCUGCGGGCCUUGGAGCAACUGGAUGGGCGACAUGUGUGCGAGCUAUCUGCUGACGAUCAGGCAGGGGAAAUCCAUCUAAAGCCCUCUUUCUCUGAUGGGCUCAAAAUCAAUGCUGGUAUCAUCUGUGACAAGUGCCUCUGUGAGCUGCAAAAUGAGCCUCUGUCAGACAGAUGUAACUUCAACGGGAACUUCACAUGCGGGCACUGUAUGUGCAAGGAGGGCUGGAGUGGCAAGACUUGCAACUGCUCUACUGGCUCCCAGAGUGACACGAAGCCGUGCAUACGGGACGGGGAGGACAAGGUUUGCUCAGGACGAGGAGAAUGUCAGUGUGGGCGCUGUGUGUGCUAUGGAGAUGGCCGCUAUGACGGACACUUCUGCGAGUAUGACAAUUUCCAGUGUCCUAGAACCUCAGGCUUCCUGUGCAAUGACCGAGGCCGCUGCUCCAUGGGCCAGUGUAUAUGUGAAAGGGGCUGGACAGGAAAGAGCUGUGAGUGUCCCCUUAGCAAUGCCACCUGCAUCGACAGCAAUGGGGGCAUAUGUAAUGGGCGAGGCCGCUGUGAGUGUGGACGCUGCCACUGUGACCAAGUCUCCCUCUAUACUGAUACCACCUGUGAGAUCAGCUACUCUGCAGCAUUCCUAGGGGUAUGUGAGGACCUGCGUUCCUGUGUCCAAUGCCAAGCCUGGGGCACGGGUGUAAAGAAGGGGCAGAAGUGUGCUACCUGUAACUUCCAGGUGAAGAUGGUGGAGGAGCUGAAGAAAGCGGAAGAGGUGUUGGAAUACUGUUCCUUCCGUGAUGAGGAUGACGACUGCACAUACAGCUAUACUGUAGAAGGGAAUGAAGCCAUUGGGCCCAACAGCACCGUCCUUGUACAUAAGAAGAAGGACUGUCCUCCUGGAAGCUUCUGGUGGCUCAUCCCACUGCUCAUCUUCCUCCUGUUGCUCUUGGCCCUGCUGUUUCUGCUCUGCUGGAAGUACUGCGCCUGCUGCAAGGCCUGCCUGGCCGGGCUCCCCUGCUGCAACAAAGGCCACAUGGUGGGCUUUAAGGAAGAUCACUAUGUGCUGAGGGAGAACCUCAUGGCCUCAGACCACCUGGAUACACCGAUGGUACGCAGUGGGAACCUGAAAGGGCGUGACAUAGUCAGGUGGAAGAUCAACAACGUACAAUCCCCAGGCAUCACUACUCACGCUGUCAAUACCAAAGAGCUGGUCCCAUAUAAGCUAUCCCUGCGUCUCGCCCGCCUCUGCACUGAAAACCUGCUGAAACCUGAUACUCGGGAGUGCAACCAGCUGCGCCAGGAAGUAGAGGAGAAUCUGAAUGAAGUUUACAGACAGAUCCCUGGGGUUCACAAGCUUCAGCAAACCAAGUUCCGGCAACAGCCCAAUGCUGGAAAAAAGCAGGACCACACAAUUGUGGACACAGUGCUGAUGGCCCCCCGCUCUGCCAAGAUGUCUCUGCAGAAGCUGACAGAGAAGCAAUUGUCACAGGGGGCAUUCCAUGAGCUCAAGGUGUCCCCUGGCUACUACACCCUCACCAGUGAUCAUGAUGCCCGGGGCAUGGUGGAGUUUCAGGAAGGAGUAGAGCUGGUAGACGUUCGGGUCCCUCUUUUCAUCCAUCCCGAUAAUGACGAUGAUGAGCACCUGGUGGUAGAGGCCAUUGAUGUACCUGUGGGCACUGCCACCAUUGGGCGUCGCCUGGUCAACAUAACGAUCAUUAAGGAACAAGCCAGUGGGAUCGUGUCAUUUGAUCAGCCAGAGUAUUCCUUCAGCCAUGUGGACCAGGUAGCCCGGAUUCCUGUUACCAGACGCAUCAUGGACAGCGGCAAGUCUCAAGUCUCCUACCGUACGCAAGACAAUACAGCCCGUGCCAACCGGGACUACAUCCCUGAGGAAGGGGACCUACUCUUCCAACCAGGGGAGACAAGGAAGGAACUGCAAGUGAAGUUGCUGGAUCUACAGGAAAUGGACUCCCUGCUUUUGGGUCAUCAAUCCCGACGUUUCCACAUCCACCUAACCAACCCCAAGUAUGGCGCCCGGCUGGGCGAUCCACACUCUGCCACAGUCCUCAUCGGCACAGAGAGUUUGGAUAAGGAGUUUGUUGGCCAGACUACUUCAGCAUAUUCCCUCCGGGCUGAUCCAGGUGCCCCUCAGAACCCCAAUGCCAAGGCCGUUGGUUCACGUAGGAUCCAUUUCAAUUGGCUACCACCUCCUGGCAAGCCAUCUGGGUACAGGGUAAAAUACUGGAUACAGGGUGACUCUGAAUCAGAGGCUCGGUUCCUUAAUUGCAAAGUACCCUCAGUGGAGCUCACCAACCUAUACCCAUACUGUGACUAUGAGAUGAAGGUCUGUGCAUACGGGCCAAUGGGUGAAGGGCCUUAUAGCCCCAUGGUAUCCUGCCGUACCAAUGAGGAAGUCCCCAGUGAACCUGGACGCCUGGCUUUCAAUGUUGUUUCCUCCACUGUCACCCAGCUGAGCUGGGCUGAGCCAGCUGAGACCAAUGGGGAGAUCACAGCCUAUGAGGUCUGCUACGGACUGGUCAACGAGGACAACAAACCCAUCGGGCCCAUGAAGAAAGUGCUGGUGGAUACACCCAAGAAGCGGACACUGUUGAUUGAGAACCUUCGAGAGUCACAGCCCUACCGAUACACAGUAAAGGCCCGCAAUGGGGCAGGCUGGGGGCCAGAGAGAGAAGCCAUUAUCAAUCUUGCCACCCAACCAAAACGGCCCAUGUCCAUCCCCAUCAUCCCAGACAUCCCCAUCGUAGAUGCCCAGGGAGGGGAAGACUAUGACAGCUUCCUCAUGUACAGCGAUGAUGUCUUGCGCUCCCCGGCUAGCAGCCAGAGACCCAGCGUCUCUGAUGACACAGGCUCCUGCUGGAAGUUCGAGCCACUGCCAGGAGAGAACCUGAAUUUCCGGCAGAUCACGUGGCAGCUGCCCCCAGAAUUCAUCCCCCGCCCGUCCAGCAGCAGUGGGCUCUCCUCUGAGGCUGAGGGGUUCAUCCUGCCCCAAGAUGAUAGCAACCCAGGAGGCAGCCUCCCCCGAAGGGGGACACCCCAGCCCCGAGCAGAGCACUUACUGAAUGGGAGGCUGGACUUCGUUUUCCCAGGCAGUGCUAACUCACUGCACAGGAUGACCACCGCAUCAUCUGCCUAUGGCACCCACCUGAGUCCCCACCCACAACACCGAGUACUAAGCACUUCCUCCACUCUCACCCAAGAUUACCAUUCCCUGACUCGCACAGAACAUUCAGCGACCCUACCUAGGGACUACUCUACCCUCGCAUCCAUCUCUUCCUAUGGCCUCCCUCCCAUUCAGGAAGAUGGGGGGAGCAGGUAUACUGGGACUCGGGCUACUCUGCCCAAGGACCAAGUUCAGGGGAAGGGUUUCCACUCCUACAGUGCCUUCCAGGACUCUGUAAUCCUGGCCAGACCAGCGACACACACCUGGGGCCCAGAUUCCCGCCUGCCCUCUGGGGUACCUGACACCCCUACCCGUCUGGUAUUCUCGGCCCUGGGACCCACAUCUCUGAAAGUGAGCUGGCAGGAGCCACAAUGUGAUAGAGCCCUACAAAGCUACAGCAUGGAGUACCAACUGUUGAGUGGAGGUGAGCUUCACAGACUCCACAUUCCUGACCCUCACCAGACCUCUGUAGUGGUUGAAGACCUCCUGCCUAACCACUCUUAUGUCUUCCGUGUGCGGGCACAGAGCCAGGAGGGCUGGGGUCCAGAGCGUGAGGGUAUCAUCACCAUUGAGUCCCAAGUGCACCCCCAAAGCCCACUCUGUCCUCUGCCAGGUUCAGCCUUCACCCUGAGCACUCCCAGUGCUCCAGGCCCCUUGGUAUUCACAGCCCUAAGUCCGGACUCGCUGCAGAUGAGCUGGGAACGACCACGCCGGCCCAAUGGGGACAUUCUGGGGUACCUGGUGACCUGUGAGAUGGCCCAAGGAGGUCCAUCCACUACCUUCCAGGUGGAUGGUGACAGCCUGGAGAACAGACUGACAGUGCCAGGUCUGAGUGAGAAUGUGCCUUACAAAUUCAAAGUCCAGGCAAAGACAACCCAAGGUUUUGGGCCAGAGCGUGAGGGCAUCAUCACCAUUGAAUCUCAAGACGGAGGUCCCUUUCCACAGCUGGGAGGUCACGUUGGGAUUCAGCAAGAGAUAUCCCAGUUUCCCAGAGAGUACAGCAGCAGCAUCACCACUGCGACCCACUCCAGUAUCACAAAGCCCUUCUUAGCAGAUGGCCUAGCCCUGGGGGCCCAGCAGCUAGAAGCUGGCAGCUCCCUCACUCGCCAUGUGACUCAAGAAUUUGUGAGCCGAACAUUGACAUCUAGUGGGACCUUAACCAAGCAAGUGGAACGCCAAUUCUUCCAGACCUGAGUCUCGGACAUCAGCACACCUUCCCCCCACAACCUUCUUUCUUUCUCCUAAUUCAGCCUAUGUUGCUUCCUAGAAGCAGAGGGAUGGGGGGGGGGGGGGGGAAUCGUUACUCUUUGCCAACCCAACCCUGAUUAUCCCCAAAAGGCCAUAGUGGGGGGCAGCUAGGUGGCACAGUGGAUAAAGCACUGGCCUUGGAUUCAGGAGGACCUGAGUUCAAAUCUAGCCUCAGACACUUGACACUUAACUAGCUGUGUGACCCUGGGCAUGUCACUUAACCUCAUUGCCCUACAAAAAACCAAAACAAAAAAAAGGCCAUGGUGGGGGACAGCCUCCCUUGGGGGGACGUGGGGGGACAAGAGUGCAGCUGGUGGUAAUGCUAUCCCAGAGGCCUGUCCUGUCCUCUUAGCUCCAAACCCAAUUUGUAACCAAAGAGCUGAGGCAGGUCAGAGUAUGGAGCGGGGGAGGGGGCCUCUAAUCUUCAUCUUGCCACUUAAUAAUAAAUGUU